AUGGGUAUUCGGCCGACGUUUGCCGAAGAUGUUUACGGCGAAAAAGAGAAAAAAGCCGAAGAAGACCAACCCGAGUAUAGCGAAUCAUCGCUGGCGCAUCGCCGAUCGGCAAGCGUUUUGAAAUUGAAACAACUAAAAGAGGCAGCGCCAGUGUGCUCGCAAAAUUGUCCAACAUUCCAGCCAAAUGAAUCUCAGGAGCAGAUUGAUAAAGAUCUGGUUUUCAAUUACGAUGACACUGAUACCCCUUUAAACGAGCUCGCCGAGCUCUACAGCUAUUCGGAAAUCGAGGAGUUCGCCACCAACAUCAAUUGUUGGAAAGAGUACAUCGACGGCAAGAAUAAUUAUUCGGAAGCGCAGUUGCCCGGAAAGUUUUGCGAGAUGACGUCGGCCCAGAAAGACGCUGUAGUUCAAGAUUUGUGCGCGAAAAUGGAAAGCGCCGAUUCGGAUGUGCGAAUGAGCGCCGCCAGAUGCGUUUUAUUCAUUUUACAAGGCUCUCCGACGGAUUUCGCGCCGCCGGAAGAAGACGAAAUUCAGUAUAAAUAUGACGAAUCGCGUCAAAUGAAUAUCGCGGUGCCGAGAAAACGCGAAAUGGAUGAUGAUGGUCCGUUGAAUAUUUAUCUACGAUCGAUCGAGAAUGCUUUCAUCUGCUAUAAGAAUCAUGUCUAUCAGUCGUUGUGCACUUUGUUGCUCACUGAGAUCAAAGAGCCCUAUGAGGUGCCGGGAGGCGUCGCGCAUGACGGACGAGGGUCGAAGGCGAGCUCGAGGGAUAGCCGACAUGCGAGCAAUGCGGAUUUAUCCGACACUGAGCGAUUGAAAAGCCGAAACACGCCGACGAUGGUUGACAAUGAGAUGUUGCGAGUGAUAAUGGCGGCAAUUUAUCAUUUGAUCGUUCAAAUUCCGGACGAAAAAACGGAACGUGCUCAGACGGACGCCGAAAAAACGGCGAGAAUCGCGUUUUUGGAGGAAAUUCAAGAGCCACUCGAAGUUGGAAACGAGCCAUUGCUGAUAGUGCUUCUCGAAAUGCUCCAGCCAUUCUACAACAACUCAUCGCCGCAUUUUCCAAUCAAAAAGAUGGUGCUGCUCAUUUGGAAGUUGCUCUUGCUCACACUCGGCGGUUGGGAUGCGCUCGAGGAGAUGAAGCAAACGAAACGCGCGCGUCUCGGUCUGCCGCUCAUGGAGCACACGUUGCGCGUCGCCGCAAAACUGCCGGCGUUCGUCGUCAACGAGAGCGACGGCGUCAAAAAUCGGGCGGCGCGAAGCGGCAUGAUGGCGCGUCAAAUGGCGUGCGCCGACGAUGGUGCGCCCGACGACGAGACGCUCGAUGCGGUGACGGACGUCGGUGGUGGCGGCGGCGGCGGCGGUGGCGUCGACGACGACAAUGUCGAUUCGGGACCGCCGACGCCGAGUGCUGUUGGGAUUCAGACGCAGAAUAGCGGCGAGGCGACGCCGCGCGCCGGCUCGCCGCUUCCCGACGUGCCGCCGCAACGAGUGUUGCCGUGGAAGAGCAAAACGACGAGAGCCGACAUCGAGGCGUUCAUACAGAACGGUCGAUUCAAAUAUUUCGACUAUCGAUUUGAGGCCGGCGACGACACGACGCUGUUCGGACUGCCGCCAGCGUUUAUUGGGGCCGUGAAAAUUUUGCGGCAGAAUAUGUACACGUCGAUCACCGAAAUGCAGAUUGAACGCGAAGAGAUGCUCAAUCGCUAUUUGUUUUCGAUGAAAGAGGACAUCGAAGAGACGAAAACGGAGCAAUUCUAUCGAAAAACUCUACCGAAUCUGAGCCAAUACAUUUGUACACUCGUCAAAGUGCUCGUUUCGUCGGUGCCGUCGUCAAAGGCGCGUCAUGAAGGCCUGAAUAUUCUCAUUGAUGUGCUGACGCCUGAAAUGGAAGCUUCCGAUAUUCUGUCGAACUCGAUAUCGCUCGAUCACUCGACGGCCUCGCCAUUGGAAGAUCGAUUCCGUUUGGCGAUUGAUAUCAGUCGGCAUAAGGAGAUCAUCGUCAAAGCGAUUUCGGCAACUCUUUUGCUUCUCGUCAAACAUUUCAAAUUCAAUCAUGUCUAUCAAUUUGAGUAUCUCUGCCAGCAGAUUGUCUAUGUCAACGGAAUUCCGCUGAUUUUGAAGUAUUUGGAUCAGCCGGUCAACAAGCUGAUCCAGUCGAGAAAUGAUAUUUUUGCCUACAACUAUCCGCAAGUGAUUUAUCACUACGUUCGCAAUUCAGAAGAAUGGCCGAUAUUGACGCAGGACAACAUCGAAGCGCCUCGUGGUCCGUUCUCGGGACCCUACUAUAUGUGGCGGAACCUCUUCUACAGCGUCAACAUGAUUCGGCUGCUCAACAAAUUGGUGAAGGCCAAAAACGAUCGUGUGAAAAUGUUGAUGGCGUUCAAAUCGGCGCCGAUUCUCAAACGAUUGUUGCGCGUCCGUCAAUCGAUUCUCCAGCAUUACAUUCUGAAGGCGCUGAAAAUGCAAUCGCGCUAUUUGGGGCGGCAAUGGCGCAAAAGCAACAUGGAAGUGAUAUCGGCGAUUUAUUCGCGAGUUCGCCACAGAAUGACCGAUGAUUGGGCGUUCGCGUCGGAUAUCAAGAGAAAAUGCGAUUAUCAGAAGGAGGAUGGAAUCAUUAAAGCGUGUAUCGAGCGAUUCCAUAGUAGGAGAUACUCGAAAUAUUAUAAGCAAUUUGCGAUUGAAGUGAACGAUGCUCCGAUGCCGGGCGACGACUAUCUGAAUCGCGUCGACAUGCGCGACUUCGAGCCGAUCGACAACUGCGUGAGUUCGGUGCUCGGCCGAACGCCGGCGCUCUCGCGGCGCUUCAAAGACAACUACGAGAAAUGGAUGGAGGCCGAGGUGCUCCGAGCGAAUAUUGAUUGGAAUAAUGUGCUCAGAGAGACGCACGAGAUUGAUGAGCUUCUGGCUAAUUGA